AACAGCGAACUCAAAUUUACUGUAACGUUAGCAGCUCCAAUAUCUGCAAUUUUCUGGUAUUCUCAAUGUUAUGUCUGCAGCAAAAUUCUCUGGAAGAUAAGGAGUGAUUCAGUGUCGAAGUUUAAGCCGGUUUUGAUGAUUAUUUUUUCAUCGGAACAUUGCAACAAUGUUGUCCAGGCUUCAUACUCACAAGCCCAUCACAAUGGAGUUUGUGGCUUUGGCUGUUGGAGUGAAAAACAUGCAAAGGUUUACAAAUAGAGAGAUGAGUACAAAGCAAGUUCAAUACCCCGUACAGAUGGAUGUCCAAGGCCUGAGUAGGAAGUUGUUGAGAGUUGCAGGCCCGCCCUGUUGGCAGCCAUGUCGGUUACAGAUGAGGAAAGCUGAGGACCGGGGGAGGGGUCGGAGAGAGGUGGUGGAGAGUAGAGAUGGGGGGACAGGUGGACAGCUGACCACGGGACAAAAAGUUGUUGAGGCAGGGAAAGACGUGACGUAUCUUGGCAUAGUGAUCUUCGGAGUCGGAGUGAUGGGAGUGUUGUUCUACGCCAUUGGUCGAGAACUGUUCUCGGGUGGAAGUAUCAAUGGCAUUUAUACUGAUGCUAUGAACAGGUGCAAAGACAACGAAGAGGUGAAGGUUGCUCUAGGCACGCCUAUUGCCGGUUUUGGAGAGGAGACCAGGAGGGGAAGACGUAGACACCCAGCUUAUACAGAAUACACGGAUGAUGCAGGGAUGAAACACCUGCGGAUGAAGUUUUACCUGAAGGGAGGGAGCGGCAGACGGGCCACAGUACACCUGGAGGUCACAGAGAAUGACCGGGGGAAGUAUGACAGCUUCCGGUACCUGUUUGUACAGCUCGAUGCCUAUCCACACAGGACAAUGAUCAUACAGGACAACAGAUGAUCUUUCUCACCAGAAGUUUAGAUGAUCUAACAAAUGCUGAAAGUAAUCGUGUUACUUAGUUAUACAGAACAUUUUUGCAACAACUACAUUUGCUAACAAUGUCUCCUAUUGGACAUCUAAAAUUGUCUUCAUUCAUAGAUAGGGUAUAAAAGAUCAGUUUCUUCCAGAUCUCUUCAGUGUCACUGACGAAAGAUGGUGGAUACCAUAUGAAACGUCUGACCGUUUCCAAAAUCAUAUCCAGUUGCUUGAGUAACUACUUUACAUACAUAAAGCACUACUGCUGGUGCACUGGUGGAUUUCAGUCUGCGAUGAUGACAAUGUGUUACAUGCAGUAUAUUCAAGAUUUCAAACUAUUUGUCACUGUUAUUGUCUUUGCAGCAUGUCUUCCUUAAAAAUUAGGAGAAAAGAAAAAACAGUCUGAUUAUCAUAAAACAUUUUAAAGUUUAGAGUGAGCGGCAGAUAUGAAAAAAUGACACAACAGAUUUAUUACUGUCAAACUAUUGUAGAAAACAUUUAAUACAAAAUACUCAUAUACAACUCUCUUUGGUAAGUGAUGUAAAAUUUACAGACAUUGGAAAUUAUGUACUUCAUGGUGGUUUAACAAAAAGCAUACAGAAAUGUAUAAAGUUGUUAAAUUGUGCUGUUUGAUUGCCAGAGCACCGCCUGUAUACAAGAAAUAUGAAAAAAA